UAAUACUCCGAGCAAUAUAAGCAGUAAUCGGGUUACGCUCUCAACACCACAAUUGAAACUAUACAAAUUACCAAUCUUUUGUCUUAGUUAUCUUAUUCUUCUUCGUUCCGUUGGAAUUGUAUUCUUACUGUUCAGCAGAGAAUAUUUCAAUUCCAUUUCCUCAGGAUUCACCAUAAGAACAUACAGAGGUGUCAUUCAUACCGUUUGCUUUUAGAAUUAAACUACAACUUUCGUUAAAACAAGGAAUUUAAAUUGGAAAAUAAUACUGUAAUCGAGAAAUAGACCGGAAAAGAGAUAUGUGCAUUGGUUUUCGUCCUUUUAGUUUUUAUUAAUGAGUCGUUUCGUCUCCUAAUUCUUCAUCGGAAUAUAGCUUUUUUCUGAAUUCAAUUUCUACAAUGCUUAGUUCAUCCAGAAACGCCCAUGAUGAAAAUUCUGCCUGCGGAAAGAAUAAUAAUCGGCAAGCAUUAUCAACAUAUGGAAGCAAUGGGUCUGUUCAAUUGAGCAAACAAAAGGCCCCAAAGAUUACUUGCAAAUUACUUCUUCUUUCCCUUCUUGAGAGUAUUUGCAAAUUGUCGCAAAAGAACCCGGAAAACUCGCAGAAUAUGUUUUUGUAUAUCGCUUAUUCUUUGCGCAAUUCGGGGUUAAUUGAUGAUGAAUAUUCUAAGGAUUAUGAAGCAAUUCGACUAGCAUAUUCGGGAGCCAUUCAUGAGCUUUUAGCACAAGCUCACAAUGUCAAUAUGUCCAAUGUUCACGAAGAAGAGCUUCUUUCCCUGAAUAAGUCAGCUUCAUUUAUGAGUGCAUUAUCAAGUCAAACUGCGUAUGCCACUUGUGAUGAACCAUCUGAUUCAGCUGCUUUUUCUGGUUCUGUGGAUGCAUUUACCGAUAUUGUCAAUCAUGUAUCCUCUAACUCAGAUGUUUCAGAUGGUACUUUCUUGAAGGAUUCACCUCUUAAUUUCUCCGGGCUGGAAGAUUAUUUGUCGCCAAACAGCUCCAGUUUCGAAAAGCUUUACAAUGUUCAAAAAUCUCGUUAUUCCUCUGAUUUUGAAGAGCUUAAAUUACUUGGAAAAGGUGGUUACGGUUACGUAUACAAGGCGCGCAACAAAUUUGAUGGUGUUGAUUAUGCUUUGAAAAAGAUUCCCCUUACAUUAAGAUCGCUUUCUUCGUCAAAUAUGUUUCGUGAGUCUCGAAUUUUGGCUCGCCUUAAUCACCCGAACGUUAUUCGGUUCUAUUCCAGCUGGGUUGAAAUUGAACCUUAUCAUCAUAACGAUCCUACCGAAUUUGAUUCAACUUGCUCAGAGGACAUACUAAAUUCAAAAAGCAUUGAAUCAAAUGCAGCCGAUAAUCUGUUGUUUGAUAUAGAAACCGACUCUGUAAACAAUGGUUAUUCAAGUACCAAUUCCAUCCAAGUGGUCUUUGAAGAAGAUUCUUAUGGAACAAAUUUCGAACCAUCUUAUUCAAAGAAACAAUCUACUUGCAGUUUGGCGGCUUUGUUUUCGGGUUAUAAAGAGACUGAGCGAGAAUAUUCUAAAAGGCGUUCUUUUGAGAAACCCUUUACCGGCGACGACUUUUUAUAUUAUGGAAAAGAGAACCGUUCUGACAGGUUUGAUAAAUUCUCUCUGUCCUCUAAAGAUGAGGAUUCAAUGACGCAUGAUGUUCCUUGCUUUGAUCAGAGGCCCAUAUGUCUUUAUAUUCAAAUGGCUUUGUGUGAAGAAACACUCGAAAUCCACCUUAACAAGAGAAAUAAACACUUUCGUGGUAUGCUUCCAAAAAAUCUUUGUAAUAGAUAUAUUCUGUUGUUUUCUAGAAUACUGGAAGGUGUUAUGUAUCUUCAUAACGUUAUGGAUUUGGUUCAUCAUGAUUUGAAGCCAAGGAAUAUUUUCCUAUCAUCAAGCGCUUCAUCUGAACAAGGCUCGGUUCGUCUUCCCUGUUUCACUGGAAAGUCUCAGCUUGCAAACGAAUCUCUUGAGAAUAAAUUUUUUGUCCCAAAAAUUGGUGAUUUUGGCUUGGUGCUUUCGCAGUCGGAUGUUGGAGAGUCUUCUGAAGAAAAUGGAGGAUAUUAUUUCGCUGGAACACAUACGUACGCCGCGCCAGAGAUGUUGUCGAGACAUAUGAAAGCUCAGGCUAUCAAAAAUAGUACAGCAAUUGAUGUUUACGCUCUUGGAAUUUUGUUCUUUGAACUUUUGUACCCUUUUGGGACCCGUAUGGAAAGGGUUUCUUUGAUUAACAAAUUGAAAAAGGGUAUUCUCCCUGAAGAUUUUCUUGAGCAAAUGCCUGGGGAGGCAAGUCUUAUAUUGUCUAUGCUAAGCAGUCCAGCGAAAAGACCUACGGUAGCUCAAAUACUGAAGACACCGAUUUUUAGCAAUAUGGCGGUCAAUGAACUUCACCUCUACGAGGCCCUUUUGGAUGAUGCUCAACAACAGAAUAAAACUUUAAAGGAAGAGCUGGAAGCUAUGAAAAUAAGGAUGGGCGCUACUUCCAAAUGAUAUUUUACGAUAAUAUUUAAUUCUCUUAUGAUUAUGAUGGUAUUUUACAAUAGUUUGAAAUAACGCAUUUAGAUUUCUUUAAUAUUAUGAUUAUAUGCUUUUUAUUCUUAUUUCAGCUAUGUCUGGAAAGCCUAGCGCACUUUUGAACCCUUGCAAGUUGCUUGAUUGGAUUUUUGCCUUGACAUUUUUCGCUUGAAAUGCUUCUACUUUUGUACCGGUCUUAGGAGGUCUCUCAGAAGGAGCAGAAGGGACUUUUCUUUUGAAAAUUGUGUUAAAUUUUAAACUCUUAAAUCAUAUUAUUUUUCCUCUAAAUUAGUUAGUCUGCUAACUACAUCUCUUGCUUUUAAUAACAGAAAUUCAAAUUUUCUUUCGUCUUGGAAAACUCAUUGUUUACAACACACUUCCUAUUGUAGUCAUUCAAAGACUGAACACAUCUCAUUUACGUUUGUUUUAUCCAUUCAUAUGCCCGGUGUAAGCUUUCUUUGUCUUCCUUUGUUUCGCAUUUGACGUACAAAGAAUCCCGGGUUUCUUAUCACUAUCCAAAAACAAAGAAAUUGUUACAAGCAGUUCAGGACCUUACCUUUUACCAACACUUUUUUUGAUACUUCUUCUUUGAUCAAUACAU